GUUCUGCUCAGUGGACUCUCCUGAUGGUCAUCAGAGCACUAUCAUGUUCAGUCGACAUGCCAAGAAACAUCGACACUCAGCCAGCCUCAACAACAACAACAACAACAACAGCAGCAGCAGCAGUCGACCCAACUCACCCAGCCCACUACUACAAACUGCAAACAACCUCGAAGGCACCCCAACCAAGGCAGCUGCAGUCUCAUCAUCAUCAUCCUAUAUCACUCAGGAGGAACUGAUCUACCACCAGAGGAAGAACAAGAGCUCAAGAUCGACCAGCAUCACCAGCUCAACCGACUCCCACCACCAACACCCACCAUCCUCCUCAUCAAACAGAAACUCGGUCAACAGCCGAUCGAGCAAACGGCACAACUCCAUCAACAGCCUCACUGGCGGACCAUCCAUCGCCAUCAGCUCCGAGCCCCACUCACGCCCAUCAUCCUAUGACCUCAUGCCACCACCGCCGAUCCCCCCCGCCAGCAGUAGCACCACCACCACCACCAACACCAACACCCGCUCAACCUCACUCAGAAGGGCACCCUACCAGCAUCUCUGGCCGAGGGCUGACCCCAACCAGGAGAAAUUCGAACUACUCAGGCCGAGGGAUGAAUGGGCCGAACAGAUCGUCAAUGAGAUGUUUGAUGAUAUGAUGAACAGGAGAGAACUGGCAUGUAAACUAAAACUGAAUCACUAA